AUUUUUCAAAUAAUGAAUGUUCCAUUCAUUUUUAAUUAAUUAAAAUAAAACAAUUAUUGUUGCAUAAUAUUUAAGCCACAUAUACUAUUUUUAAAUAGUUUAUUCAUCUUGAUUUGUUUGGAAUUUAUUUUUAGCCCAUUUAUGUGGUUGUGUGAAUCUCACAUCCAAUCAUAUUUGACCACGGUUUGCACUGCCACGUUUCUCAUUAGUUCUUGUUGUUGAAUCAAGUCAAGCCAAGUGAAAUCCUCUUUCUCAGUUUGACGUCGGUAGUUCGUGGAUUCUCAUCUUAUGUUUAUAUGUUUCUAGAUUAUAUUAACAUGUAUUCUUUAUUACUUUGUAGUUUAUUAGCCCUAAGCGGUCUUGUUUCUUGUGAUGAAGAAUCAGCCAAGAGUAAUGUAUUAGUUUUUACUACUGAAAAUUUCCAAGCCGGUAUUGAAACCAAUGAAAACGUACUUGUAGAAUUCUAUGCUCCAUGGUGUGGUCACUGUAAGGGUUUGGAACCUAUCUACGAAGAAACUGCCAAUUUGUUAGCAGAGAAGAAUUCCAACAUCAAACUUGCAAAGGUUGAUGCUAUUGAAAACAAGCAGCUAGCAGAACAAUAUCAAAUCAGAGGAUAUCCAACUCUGAAAUUCUUUAGGAAAGGGAAAGCACCUAUCGACUAUUCAGGUGAUAGAAAACCUGAGUCAUUCAUCUCCUGGCUUGAAAAGAAGAGUGGAACCCCAGCCAAAAUCCUCGCUUCUGUUGAAGAACUCAAAGAAUUCCAAGAAGCUAACAGCAUUUGUGUCGUUGGAUACUUCAAGGACCCACAGUCUGAGAAGGCAAAAUUAUUCACUGAUGUCGCUGACACCAUCGAUCACCAUCCAUUCGCCAUCAUCUCAAUCGACCAAGCAUUCAAGGACCAGGGAAUCGAAGAAGACUCCAAAAUCGUCUUAUUCAAGCAGUUUGACGAGGGCAAGGCAAUUUUUGAUGGAGAACUGGAUGAGGCCAAUCUGAAGAAGUUCGUGAUAGCCGAAUCACUGCCAUUGAUCGUUGACUUCAACCAGGACACUGCUACCAAGAUAUUCGGCGGAGAAUUCCAGAGCCAUCUGUUGCUGUUCCUGUCCCAGUCCAGUGGCCACUACGACACCCUUCUCGAAGGAGCCAAGUCGAUCGUCAAGGAAUUCAGAGACAAGAUUCUUUUCGUCUCCAUCAACGCUGAUGAAGAAGAGCAUGGAAGAAUCCUAGAUUUCUUCGGAUUGAAGAAGGAAGAAAUUCCCUCGAUGAGAAUUAUCAAGCUGGCCGAUGAUAUGGUCAAGUUCAAGCCCGAGAAACAAGACUUCAGCGCCGAAAACAUCAAGAGCUUUGUCAGUGAUUUCAUUGAAGGAAAACUGAAGCAACACUUGCUGUCACAAGAAUUGCCAGAAGACUGGGACAAGAAGGCAGUGAAAGUGCUUGUGGCGUCGAACUUCGCCGAUAUCGCCUAUGACAAGUCCAAGGAUGUGCUUGUUGAGUUCUACGCUCCAUGGUGCGGACACUGCAAACAACUGGAGCCCAUCUAUGAUCAGCUGGGCGAGUCUUUGAAGGAGAAGGACGACAUUGUCGUAGCCAAGAUGGAUGCCACCAUCAAUGAGUUGGAAGACACCAAGAUCCUCAGUUUCCCCACAAUAAAGCUGUACAAGAAGGGCGACAACAAGGUGGUGCAAUACAACGGCGAGAGAACACUGGAAGGACUGUCCAAGUUCAUCGAAUCGGGCGGUGAAUACGGAAAAGCACCCGCUGAGGCUGAAGAAGAAGAUGAAGAUGACGAUCUUCCGAGAAAGGAUGAGUUGUAAGGAAGGGACAUGCCAAGUUUUAUUGGUCCCAUCCAAUCACAAAAAGAACAUUCUCACAAAACUAGGAAUUGGACUAAUCUGUGUCUCUUCAAUUACAUACAAGUUUGUCUAUUGAUAGUUAUUGAAAGUACAAUAUUGGUUAGCAUAGAAGAGUUACUAUUCUUCUGUCACACUAAUUAAAUCAAAAUUAUUUUAAUAUCCUUUUGAGUUUGUCAGAGUACCGGGAGUUUAUAAACGUUCUUGUCGCUUCAACAAGAAUUCAGUUGAACUAAAUUAAAUGUGUAGUAAAUUAAUUUACACUUUAAUUCCAUUUUCGGAUUGGAAGGGAUAAUUUUCAAUCCAGAAAACAUUCCAUCCAUAGUUUGCUUGCUUUAAAAGUUAACUAUUGAAUUUAUGGAGGAUUUAUUAUCUGAAGGAUUUUUUCAUUAUCGAUGAUGUUACUUUGUAUCAUGAUAAAUAUGGAAAAAUGACGUCACUGAUUUUAUGAAGAGGGCUUAUGUGAAGCAAGACAUGAUCACCUACCUGCCAUCAAACUCACAUCAUUCGAGAUUCAGAAAGAGGUGGCCUUAUACAUUUCUGUACUUGUUUUUAUCAUGCACUUUCAGCUUCCACUGAGAUUCUGAAAUAGUUGAACGUUCUAUCAUCAAGCCUCCGUGACAAAGGUCCUAUCCCAAUAUUCUCAAUUUUCUAAUAAAUUAGCAUAUUUCAUUAUGUUUAAUACAACUUUGCUAGUAACAGGUUAUCCUCGCUUUUACUUCAGUGUGCUUAUCUUACGCCCUCUUUCUAAAGUAACCUCCUUGCAUUCAGUUGUGAACUUUCUGUGAUAGUUAUCUAUUUUUUAAUGGAGUAGUUGUGAAUUUUGAUAAUUUAAAAUUUGAAAAGAUUCUUAGAAUAAGCUGCUAGCGCAUAAUCUUGAUCUUUUUUUCACUUUUGUAUUCUAUUUUUUUAGAAAGGCUUUUGUUCUUCAGAAAACAUGAAAUACUGUAUCUAAUUUUCCAACCACUUACGAAAACAUUCUGUGUAAAUAAAAUUGUGAGGUGUAUAUUGCUUGUAUUUUCCAGAUGAUUUGCAAAAUUGUCAAUUUAAUAAUAAACAAUUCGAUGAUGAUAUAAGAGUAUUUUUAUAAUAUAGCUAGAAUCUCUUGAAUGUCGUCAUUGAAGUCAUUUUGUGUGUAACGUCAAGCUAGAACUCACCUUGCUAAUUGAGAUGUUGUGGUUAAUGAAGUAAUGUUGUCUGUUAAUGAAGUAAUGGCCAAAGAGAUCAUAAGAGUCAGACUCUUCUACAAAAACUGUCACAUUCAAUCUUUGCUCUAUUUGAUUUGUUACUAGUUUUAAAUAAGAGAAUCAUGGUUAUUUGACCUACUAUAAAAUCUGUGACAAACGAGUGUAAAGCAGUUUUUGAGAUGAUGCUGAGUAAAACAUAAUAAGUGAGAAACUUCAACAGCAGCCAAAAUAUUUUCUUGAAAACAUUGUACUGAAACAUCGAAAGUGAAUUAUUGAGAACUGAAUCUGGUCCCCAGAAUCUAAAGUUCCGAAUCUAGUUUUUGUAAUUAUUUUGAUAGAGAGAAUAGUUUUAAUUAUAAUACGAGUAAUUCAAUUACAAUGAGUCCCAUAGAUUGCUGUCACAAAAAUAUUGUUGCAUAUUACUAAGUAUGCAAGGAGAAUCUGUUAAAUGACAUUCUCAUUCAAGUGUUUAUAAAUUUUGUGAGCUUAUUUAAUUAGCUGUGGUAAUUAUUGUUAAUAUUUUAUCGUAACUUGUGUUGAUCUAAAUUGAGUGUUGUUUUGACUUAAUUUUUGGUAACUGACAUCAUUAGUAUAUUCCAUUAUAGAGGCUGAAUAAUUUUCAGCUUUUAAUCCUAGCUGUUCUUAAUUUUUUAAUUGUCAAGUGUCAUUGCCUUCAAGAAUAUAUUUAAUAAAGGUAUGUUUUCUUACUA